GCAAGGGACCUGAAACUCUCUAUGCUGGGCAGAAACUCAAUGACAACGAGUGGCACACUGUCCGGGUAGUUCGGCGAGGAAAGAGCCUCAAGCUGAUGGUGGAUGAUGAUGUUGCUGAAGGCACAAUGGUUGGUGAUCACACCCGCUUGGAGUUCCACAACAUCGAGACAGGGAUCAUGACGGAGAAACGGUACAUCUCUGUCAUCCCCUCCAGCUUCAUUGGCCACCUCCAGAGCCUCAUGUUCAACGGGAUGCUCUACAUUGACCUAUGCAAGAAUGGUGACAUUGACUACUGUGAGCUGAAGGCACGCUUUGGCCUCCGCAACAUUAUCGCUGACCCUGUGACGUUCAAGACCAAGAGCAGCUACCUGAGCUUGGCCACCUUGCAGGCUUAUACAUCCAUGCACCUCUUCUUUCAGUUCAAGACCACCUCAGCUGAUGGUUUCAUCCUCUUUAACAGUGGUGAUGGCAAUGACUUUAUUGCAGUUGAACUAGUCAAGGGGUAUAUACACUAUGUGUUUGACCUUGGAAAUGGACCUAAUGUUAUCAAAGGCAACAGUGAUCGUCCUCUUAAUGACAACCAAUGGCACAAUGUCGUCAUCACCAGAGAUAACAGUAACACACACAGCCUAAAGGUGGACACCAAGGUGGUCACUCAGGUUAUCAAUGGUGCCAAAAAUCUGGAUCUUAAAGGGGAUCUCUACAUUGCUGGCCUAGCUCAAGGCAUGUACAGCAACCUUCCGAAGCUAGUGGCCUCACGUGAUGGAUUUCAGGGCUGUCUAGCAUCCGUGGACUUGAAUGGGCGUCUGCCUGAUCUAAUCAAUGACGCUCUGCACCGCAGUGGGCAGAUUGAGCGCGGAUGUGAAG